AGGACGGCGCAGCACGAGUAAACCUGGAUUAUCACUGUAACAUAAUGGCAUCCCAAAGUCAGCUCUUUCUCCUUACAAACCUGACUGAGAAUAUAACCCUAAUAAGUGCCGGCAGUCACAAGGAUGACAUAUUAUGCACUUUAUGGAAUCAGGGCCGAAACAACAACUGCAGUGAUAAAAAACCUUUUUCUUGCAUCCUCAGAGACUGCCACAACAAAACUGAGCUGGAUGCAAGGUGUAGUCAGAAAACUAAAGGGAAUGACACCAUCUAUUUGUUCCACUUCUGGUGUUUUCUGGCUCAUCUGUCCAAUAAAACAGAGUGUACAAACUUUGGUACUGUAAUCAAAACCAUAGAAAGGAUAUGGAACGCUUUGAAUCCUGAUCAAGCAACUGCAGAAACAACAAAAUCAUCUCCAACAGCUACAUCAACAAUAUCUUCAACAACCACAUGGACAAUAUCUCCAGCAGCCACAUCGGCAAUAUUUCCAGCAGCCACAUCGACAAUAUCUCCAACAGCCACAUCAACAAUAUCUUCAGCAGCCACAUCAACAAUAUCUUCAGCAGCCACAUCAACAAUAUCUUCAGCAGCCACAUCAACAAUAUCUUCAGCAGCCACAUCAACAAUAUCUUCAGCAGCCACAUCGACAAUAUCUCCAACAGCUACAUCGACAAUAUCUUCAGCUGCCACAUCGACAAUAUCUCCAACAGCCACAUCAACAAUAUCUGCAACAGCCACAUCAACAAUAUCUUCAGCAGCCACAUCGAUAAUAUCUUCAACUGCCACAUCGACAAUAUCUCCACCAGUUACAUCAUCUCCACUAGUUACACUGACAACAUCUCCGACAACUCCAUCGACAAUAUCUCCAACAACUAAAUUAACAAUAUCUCUGACAACUAAAUCAACAAUAUCUAUGACAGCUACAUCAACAAUAUCUCCACCAGUUACACUGACAUCAUCUCCGACAACAAAAUCGACAAUAUCUCCGACAACUAAAUUGACAAUAUCUCCAAUGGUUACAUCGACAAUAUCUCCACCAGUUACACUGAUAUCAUCUCCGACAACUACAUCGACAAAAUUUCCACCCAAUUCAUUAACAACAUUUUCACCAGCUACAUUGGCAUCAUCCUCCUCAACACAGUCAACAGCUGCAGUAAUAAAAACAUUGCCAAGUAACCCAGGACAAACAACAGAACUGCAAACAACGGAUGUUAUCACUUGUUCAGCUUGCACUGGCGAUAAGGCUUCUCUAAUCCAUGGGAAACUGGAAUCAGCAACAGGAACAUGGGAAACCAACACAACCAUCAUUUCCUUAGUGCUUUCCGUCUUCAUUAACAUCGUACUGGGAAUCAGCUAUUUCCUACAUAGGAGGAGACACAAGACGCAGUCUAAUCUGGAAUGCAUCAUCCUAAAUUCAUCUACAGCAGCUACCGAAAAAUGCCCUGAGCAGUGCUUACAACCCUCGAAUGAAGGUCUGCUUUAAGAACCAAAAAUAUGACCUCAUUUGUUCAUAGUCUUCACUCACUGGUGGGAAACAAUUGAUUUCCUGUAUGGAAGCAUCAUCUAUUAAGUGUUUUUAACAGAAGGGAAAAACAAGCUUCAAAAGUACUUUGUCCAAAGAAAACAGAAAAUGAAAAAAUGGUGCAGAAAACAGCAUUUUGUCACAAAGUCCGAAGAAGCCUCUAAAAUCAAGUAUGGCAGCACUCCAGUAUCUUGUCCCAGCAAGAUUAUGGGUAACAGAAGUUAUAUCACUCCAUUUUACUAACACUGAGGCAUGUGUGUCUUUUGCUCCUCCUGUGAUACUUUUAAGGUUACUCUAAGCUUAGUGAUGUGAUGUGAAAAGUUGCUGGAAUGGUUACAGGAAGAAGAACCAUAUACUAAAUGUAAUGUUUGAGUACAAACUCGGGUGCACUGAACUGUAUUGGAUUCACCGUAUAGUACCUGGCUGAACUAUUCAUACCUGUUGAACUUUUUCCAAUACUGUCAUGUUGCAACCACAAACCAUAUAUAUUAUUUAAUGUUUAAAGUUGUCAUGGUCUGAUCCACAUGGGGCAAAAACACGUUGCGACUGCUUCAGCUGCUACACAGGAUGGCUGGUCAGCACACAGGCGUGCAGAGCUGCGGUUCAGGCCGUGGGGAAAACUGCUUCAAUUAGGGCUGCCUCUGGAGGCCUCAGAAGAAACGUCAAGCCACGCUUGUCUCAUUACUCACUUUGAAUGAAUGAAUGCUGGAUUAUUUGAGCAGCAGAUCAAAUACUUAACUUGUGAUUGUUUCAAUUGGCCAAUGUUUGAUCGAAGGUUUGUUGUUACUUUGCGUCCAAGGAUUCUUUGAAGGUAGGCCUUAGGCUUGCCGGUGAGUUUAAGACCUACAGCUGACGCGUGGAAUCUCUCCUGUACAACCUCGGUUGAGAGCCGCGUGGAUUAAGACCACCAUGUUGCAACACUGCAAUUUUGUUCAAACAUUGACGUCACGGAGAGUCAGCUAUGACUCCUCUUCUUCUUGGGCUGGGUUAGACGCAAGUUAGCGUGACACUGAAAAGUGUAGAAAAGUUCAAACUGGCCUUAGAUUAAGUGUAUAGUUCAGAGUCCAUGUUCAUCCAUGUUGUAAUCCAUGGCUGGGGUCCCAACAACACCUACACAGAGAAGCAUGCAAUUGUAAAAGUGGAAAUAAAAUGAUUCCCAUAAUAAGAUACUGCUAUAUAUAUAUAUAUUUCAUGUUCAGGAGGGUGCAUUCAGGAUGAUGUACAUUGGUUAUCAGCCGGAUAUUGCAUUUUCCAUGUAGUUGAAUUUUGGUCUUAUUUGACCAAAGCACCUUCUACCAGUUUGCUGUGUCCUCCACAUGGCUAAAAAUUGCCUUUUCAACAAAGGCUUUCUUAUUGUCAGUCUUCCUAAAAGGCCAGAUCUGUAUAGUGCGCAUUUUGUAGUUCUGACUCUUAAAACUGAGCUAUGAAUCUCCGCAGCUCCUUCAAUGUUACCAUGGACCUCUUCGCUGCUUCUCUGAGUUAUCCUCUUGUUGACCAAAACAUUUUCAGCCAUGCCAUAUUCUUUCCAUUUUCAGAUGAUAGAUUGAACAGUGUUCUGGAAGAUGGUCAAAGCUUGGGACAACUUUCACCCCAACUUGUCUGCUGUUAUACUUGGUCCUUAUGAUGCUGUUUGUUUAAGGAUGUUCACCAAUAAAGGGCUUCACCGAGCAGCUUAAAUUCUACUUUGCCUAAAAUAUACACAGGUGGACUUAUACUUUUUUUGUUGCAAAUACAUCAAAAACCAUCCUUCACAAUGAUGCACUUUUCAGAAAACAUUGAUAUUUGUGGUGUAAAGAAUUUCAAAGGGUAUGAAUACCUUUGCCAGGUACUGUGAACAUUCUACAAAGAAAACUUAAAACAUCUAAGUUAACUGAAGAGUGGUGGAUUUAGAAAAAGCUCUGGGUGUGACAAGAUCCCACAAUAUCAGUAUGCCAUGGUGAUCCCUGUAAGUGUAAAGUCUGUCUUGUGAAGCACUAUCCAUUUGUUGUCAGGAUGUGUCUUGAUCUGUUGAUAUAAAUGUAAGCUGUUAUUACAGGCCCCAGACAGACCUGACACACUAUAUCCUGUGUUUUAGACUCCAAUUGGUAUUGACCUAAAUGCUAUUUGAAACUGUAAAAUGCCUCAACUGAUCAACCCAGAACGGAAUUUUCCUGUGCUUUCGUAAAGCCUUUAUUUUGUUUUUUAGAGUCAUCACUUUUUGAGUAGCACAUAGUUAUAAGGACAUAAACACAAUAUAUGGAUUGGUCAAUAUUGAAAUUGGAUAUUCCACAAUGAUAGCAGAUUCUUUAGAAACACAGUUUGUGAUUUCUGAAGGCUUUACUAGAUUUAUGAAAACAAAACAAAAGAAGAGCAACCAGUACUCUGCAUCAUUUUGUGACCUGGAUAUAUUGUUACACCUCUAGAAAGAGCUGAAGCUUAUUUAGUCGAAUUCACGUGAGUGUGUUUACUAUUGGUUGAGGGUGUGGAUGUCAAAUACAGCACCUGGUGAUCUUAAAGCAUUGUGGAAGACGUUUGUAAAUCUGUAUAUAGUAUUUAAAGUUACGGUGUAUUAAAAACACAUUAUUUCAUUUAUAAAGCAUAUACUAUGUCAAAUCUAUACCUUUUCAAAAUUAUGCAUAUAAAAACUAUACACUGUAUAUUUCGAUUAUUUUCUGUUUUUUUAUUUUUAUUUCAUCUGAUGCGUUUGGCUUUGAAGAUUUAUGUAAGCAAAGAAGAAAUAGUUUGAGAAAUACAUUUCCGCCUACACAAGCUUUCUCUGCUGCUUCUCAACUUGUUAUGUCACAUUUUAUCUCACCUGUGAUAUAAAAUCCUAGAAAUUUCAGCAUGGCUGGCUGUGAUAUGGUCAAAUCUGUAGAAAAGCAAAUAUUUAUAUAUAUUACCUUAUUUAUUGUUUUUCACAAAUAAAGAUAUAGGCUGAUGCCUGUAUAUGGAGAUGCAGUUUGAGACAUGCAGCUAGUUUUAAUGGUGUAUUCCAAAGUUGGAAGCCUAACUUAAUUGUCUUUCAGUUGCAAGUCAGACAAUUAGGGAGAUUACUAAUGAGGUUUUGCUAAUUAAUCAGAUUACAUACUAUUAGCACUAUUAUUAAAAGCUACAACCAAAAGCUUUCUUGUCUUUUAUCUGGAUUAAAAUGUGAUGGACCAACCCAAAUUGGAGCAUAACUGUAAAGUGAAAAGACAAUAAGAGAUGGUUAUUCAUUUAGUUUUACAAAUAAAGGUGUAAUAGGUAAGCAUUUGUUGUCAGUUAAGU